UCACUCUACCUCUUUCACUCUGAAACCACCAUUCCGAAGAGUUCGGUUUAGCUAGCUUACUUUACUACAGGCUUUUAGGUACAUCUACUUUUGGGUGUUGUUAGUAUUCGACGGGUAUAGAAAGACCAACUUUUUCGGGGUUUUCGGAUCUUUCGGAUUUCUCUCUCUUCUCUCGUUUCUCUCUCCAGUGACACUUUGACCUUGAUCCUGUUCCAGGUUCCAGUAACAACAUCGAAGUUUACUUUCUUCUUCACUUCAGAAGAGAAAUCCGACAAGUAGUGUGCAUCGGAAUAAUAGAGCGUUAACAGGACCGGGUUGGAUUUGUUGACAAGCUACAAGUGACCCCCACACUGCUGCACCAUGCCUCCAAAUACAUCCUCCCCUUCGGCGACGACGAUGCCCUCCGAGGAGCCGACGCUCCGUCGCCCAACUUCGAACGAUAAGAAGAACAAGGCCGAGCAUGAAGAUGAUCCACGACUUCACGACAUCCACUCGACGUACUUUCCUCCCCUCGAGAUCGUGUGGCGUAACGUGGGUCUUUUCGCCUACCUCCACAUCGCCGCCGCGGCUGGACUUUAUUUCCUCCUCAGUGGUCAGGUCGGGUGGAGAACGUUAGUUUGGACGUUUAUCUGGCAUCUCUUUGGCGCUUUUGGCAUCACUGCGGGCGCACAUAGACUUUGGGCGCAUAAAAGUUACAAGGCGAAGGCACCACUUCGUGCACUUCUUGCUUUUAUGCAAACCGUGUCCUUCCAGAACAGCAUCCACGAGUGGGCGCGAGAUCACAGAGUUCACCACAAGUACUCGGAGACCCACGCGGACCCCCAUAACGCCAAGAGAGGCUUCUUCUUCGCCCACAUGGGUUGGCUCAUGGCCAGAAAACAUGUCAUGGUCAAGGAAAAAGGAAAGGCGAUCGAUAUGUCCGACUUGGAAGCGGAUCCCAUCAUCAUGUUCCAGAAGAAAUACUACACUCCUCUCGUCCUUCUCAUCAGCUUUGUCAUCCCAGCCGUCGUUCCGUGGUACUUCUGGGGAGAAAAUUUCAUCGUUUCUUGGUGUUUUGCUGCCCAGUUCCGGUACUGCGUGAAUCUCCACUCCACGUGGUUGGUCAACAGUGCAGCUCAUAUGAUUGGAAACAGGCCGUACGAUGUCAACAUUUCGCCCUCUGAGGUCAAAUCUGUGGCGUUUUUCGCUUUUGGCGAAGGAUGGCAUAACUAUCACCAUACUUAUCCGUUCGAUUACAAGACCGCUGAAAUGGGAAACUAUGAUCUUAAUUUUACGCUAGCCUUCAUUGAUUUCUUCGCCUGGAUCGGAUGGGCAUACGAUUUGAAAACCGUGUCCCACAAAGUUAUCGAGGAGAGGAUUAAGCGUACCGGGGAUGGAAGUCACCCUCUCAGUCAUGGACACCACCACCACCAUCACAACCACAACGAUGGGGAAGAUCACCACGUCGAAGGAUCCGGAGAUGGCGUGGGCCCGUGGGGCUGGGGAGAUAAGGACAUCCCCAUCGAGGACAUUGAAGUCACAGAAACUCUCCAUCCGCUCAAGGAUGAAUAGAAUAAUUAAUUAAUCUAAAUAGACUAACUUCUCAUAAGUAAAAUGUUCUCAAUAAUUUUAAAUAUUUAGACGAUUCGCAAAAAAUUUGACUCUCGCACUGAAAAAAUGUACUGCACUUUUCCAUUAAAUUAUACAUAGAAACUUGCUGAAUACUGAUUAUGUAUCUACUAAAAUAUGUAAUACCAGAUAAGUCUGAUAAGAAGAGAGUGAGACGACGUGUGUGGUUGGUAAAAAGGAGGAUGCGAUAUUCAAUCACGGCGGAAAAAAUUAGUAAUAUCGACAUGAAAUUUUUCCAAAAAUGACAAAUUAUUUAUUUAAUGAUCAAAAAAAUACUUAGAAUGUCUGAUAAACAACUAUUUUUUACGUGUGAUUGAUGAAUUAUGUAUUCGAGAAAGUUGGGAACAUUUACAGAUUAAAAAUAUAUGUCAAAAAUUCCUCAGGAUUUUACGAUUCCAAAAAACAAAGUGAAAUUAAACAUAAUAAUAUUUCCGUGUUUAUUUACUAGCUUAUUUAUUAGAAAUAGAUACAGAUUUGUAAAUAUUUAUACAAAUUAUUAUGAGAUGCAUGUUUCUUGGACUGAGUUAAAUAUUUAAAUAAUAGUUAAUUUGUUGCUGUGUUUUGACCUUGUUUUUGUAAAAGGGGGAAAGAAAUAGGCUGCUAAUUGUUGUUACCGGUGGAGACGAAUAAGGGUUAUCUUACUUUCCUUAUCAGCUUUACUUAUGCAUUCUAUAUAAAAAAUUAUCUUGAAAACUAUACCGGUUCUUAAAAAUAGUAAUUAUCGUGCUAAUUACUUAUCGUAAAAUAAUUAACCUCGUUUAUUAAACCUCUGUAAACCAUUUACUGCCGUGAUGUUGAUAACAAUGUGAUAUCUUCAUUACGAGAUGCAACACUUAAUUAAUUUCGUUGCUCCUCCUCCGCUUAAAAAAAGCUGCUACUUGAUGUACCGAAAAGUGAGAAAGUUAACGAGAGAGAGAGAAAAAUAAGAUAAGAUGAGAUUCAAGAUAUUACUAAAAUUUGGACAAAUAUAAGUGAAGAUAACUAAUAAUAUAAUUGUUACCUUAUCUGUAAGGAUUAUUUGUUCACUAAAUGAAAUGAAAUUAUGAAAAAACUACAAAACCCGUAAAAUAAAAGAAAUGAUGAUGAUAAAGUCUUCAUUUUUUAAAAAAGAAA